AUGACCCCUCAGAGCGAAGCCCUAUCUUGCGUGUCGCCUUUGCUGACCAGAUUUUGUAUAGCAACAUGGUACCGUUCCACCUUCUGGAAUGCAUUUAUCCUAGGUAUUUGCAACUUCCUGGCUCCCGGUAUUUGGGGUGCCAUGAAUUCACUCGGUGGUGGCGGGCAACAAUCACCAACACUUGUAAACACAGCCAACGCCUUGACCUUCUGCCUCAUGGUAUUGACUUGCUUCUUCUCAUCUGUCAUUGUCCGCUGGGUGGGCAUCAAAUGGGCUCUCAUCAUCGGCACAUUGGGGUACUGUCCUUAUGCAGCUGGCCUAUACGUCAACAACCGCUACGGUGACGGCUGGUUCGUUCUGUUCGGUGCAGCACUCUGCGGUCUAUCGGCUGGCAUUUUCUGGUCUGUCGAAGCUGCCAUUGCACUGGCCUAUCCCGAACCUCACAACCAAGGCCGGUUUUUGGGAUUCUGGCUGAGUUUUCGUCUUGGUGGGCAGAUCCUUGGUGGAGCCAUCAACCUCGGGGUUAAUGUUCAUAACAACAAGGCUGGCUCUGUGUCGUACCAUGUCUUUGAGGCGUUCAUCGCACUCCAAGCUUUAGCGCCUUUUGCUGGCUUGUUGCUGAGUCCGCCCGAGAAGGUUCAAAGGACCGACGGCCUGCCCGUUCGUUUGAGCAUUGGCAACAGCAUUACUCACGAGCUCAAGGAAAUGACCAAGUUGUUCUUCAGCAAACGUUUCCUUCUCGUCGUACCACUGAUCGCGCAAGCCGUCUAUGCGGAAGCCGUCUUCUUCACCUUCCAGGGCUUGUGGUUUAGUGUCCGCGCUCGCGCGCUGGGCUCUUUUCUCUCUGGCAUUGUUGCCGUCACCAUGGGCAAUUUCCUCGGCAAGUUUCUCGAUUCCACUAAGUCCAGUCUCAAGGCUCGCUCUCGUGGUGCCUUUGCAACAAUCUUAGGUCUUCAAGGUGCUUGGUGGAUCUGGGCGACGGUCCUGGUCACUGAAUUCGACAAGACCAAUCCUACUUACGACUGGGUUGAUUCAGGGUUUGGAAAAGGCUUCGCGUUGUUCUUGUUCUGGGUCGCUGGAUUUCAACUCAACUACCUGUUCCUGUAA